AUGGCGCAACAGAUUGAAUUCUUUCUACAUCCACCAUCACCUGUUUGCUCAGCCUCAAUAUCAAAUCACGAUGGCAGCAAUGCUGUGACAUCGGAUAGCAAUACCUGCACUUUACCACCUGUCAGUUUGCUGUUGCAGUGCAAUCAGCGGCAACAUCAGGACGAUCCCACCGAUUUACCAACACUCUGUCUACCAUCACCUUCAUUGUCUUCUUCCAGCUCACUCUUGGAGCCCGUAGAACCGUACUCAUCGACAUUGAGUGACAAUAGCUCCUCGCCAUCUCUUUCUCCAUUCAUGGGCUCGUUAUCGCUUGAUUCUCCGCCGCAAUUGUCUCCUCAAACAUCACCCUACCCUGCUUACCGACUUUUGUUACCUCCUCCUACGAAUACCAGACGAUGUCGAUCACUUUCCAAUGCCUCAACUAAUUCCACCAACUCUAAUUUUUCCCAGUCAUCCACAAACAUGAGCCGUAGAUUAUCUGAUCCGCCUAUUUUCUCGGAUCUAUCGCCUUCAGUGGAGCCUUACAUUGCGAAGCGAAAAAGAGGUAGGCCUCCAAACACGUCUCGCCCACAGCCUCAUCAACGUGACAGUUGGACAUUUGUAACUCCCACAGUAUGGGAUGUGAAGCAGCAAACAAAGGAGACCGAGCACCAAGUUUCAGCGCACUCACCACAAGCAUCACAGCAGCAUGAACAGCCAACGCAAUCACAUAUGGUGGACAAGGAUGAGGAUUUCAUGGUGCUACAUUGGCCAACAUCGUCUACUGCGACUAAAUCAAAGGAUGAGAUGCAGCAACAGGGGCAAAAUACGUUUACGAAUACCACAAUGGACACAACAUUGAGCAUGCCCAAGAAAAAGAGAGGCCGAAAACCCAAGAUGCAACUAGCAGGAAACUUUUGCUUUGUUUGGCGAGAUUUAACAGCUAGGCGAGGCGCAAAUAAGAAGAAAUCCACCCCGGCUAUUGCAAAGCCUUAG